GCCGACAGGGGGCGCUGUCUACGUGUGUACGUCACACGAAGGAGGGGAUCCAACAUGGCGUCUUCAAUAAGUGUACAGCUACUGUUUUGUUUAGCAUCAUUUCCUUUGCAAAUCACCUCGUCCCGACUUUUAUCCGAGCCUUGUUACAAACCAAUCAAAGACGACAGACCAGACUCUGUCAAGACAGGGGCCCGCCCCCAUGAGUAUGUAAAGGUGUCAGACCUUCCUCCGUCCUGGGACUGGAGGAAUAUCAAGGGGAAGAAUUAUGUGAGCGUCACACGGAACCAGCACAUCCCCCAGUACUGUGGGUCCUGCUGGGCCAUGGGCGCUACCAGUGCACUAGCUGGUAACAAGAUGAGAAUGUUGUGACGAUAGAAGAUGU